GGUCUCGGCACUUGCUGCGACUUAGCGGUGUUGCAGUAAUCAUGUCUGGCCGUGGCAAAGGCGGGAAGGGGCUCGGCAAGGGAGGCGCCAAGCGCCAUCGCAAGGUGCUGCGCGACAACAUCCAGGGCAUCACCAAGCCCGCCAUCCGCCGCCUGGCCCGGCGCGGCGGCGUCAAGCGCAUCUCGGGGCUCAUCUACGAGGAGACCCGCGGGGUGCUCAAGGUCUUCCUGGAGAACGUGAUCCGCGACGCCGUCACCUACACCGAGCACGCCAAGCGCAAGACGGUGACGGCCAUGGACGUGGUCUACGCGCUCAAGCGCCAGGGCCGCACCCUCUACGGCUUCGGCGGCUAAAUCUGUUUUUCUUCCUUUUUCAACCCAAAGGCUCUUUUCAGAGCCGCCCACUUUCUCUUA